AGCGAACCCGACUAUUGGCCGACAGACUGAGGAGCAGCAGAGAGCGAGAGACCUCUGGAGUACAUGAAGCCGACUGUUAACUUCAGGCUCUGUUCACCACACAAAGUCGCUCUACGUUAGCUAACGAUGAGUACAUCGGAGACACUGGAUCGAAUGGAGCUCUGUGAAAGCCUCUUGACAUGGAUCCAGACAUUUGGAGUCGAUGCUCCAUGCAAGACAGUAGAAGACUUGACGAGUGGCAUCGUCAUGGCCCAAGCACUACAGAAAAUAGAUGUAGUGUAUUUCAAUGAUGCUUGGAUUAGUAGAAUCAAGCCAGAGGUUGGGGACAACUGGAGGUUAAAGAUCAGCAACCUAAAGAAAAUUCUGAAAGGAAUGCUCGACUAUAACCAGGAGAUCCUAGGCCAGCACAUUAACGACUUCACAUUACCAGAUGUUAACCUUAUUGGAGAGCAUUCUGACUCAGCAGAACUUGGGAGGAUGCUACAACUUCUACUGGGCUGUGCUGUCAACUGCGAACAGAAACAAGAAUACAUCCAGACCAUAAUGAUGAUGGAGGAGUCGGUGCAGCAUGUUGUCAUGACAGCCAUCCAAGAGCUGAUGAGCAAAGAGACUCCAGUGAUGGGAGGAAAUGACUCAUAUGUGGAUCUAGACAGACAGCUGAAGAAAACAGUAGAGGAGCUCAAUGAUGCUUUGGCUACCAAGGAAGAGAUCUCCCAGAGGUGUCGCGAGCUUGACAUGCAGGUCGCUGCCCUGCAGGAGGAGAAGAGCAGUUUGCUGGCAGAAAACCAGGUCCUUAUGGAGAGACUUAACCAGUCUGACUCCAUAGAGGAUAUAAACAGCCCAGCUGGACGCAGACACCUCCAGCUGCAGACACAACUGGAGCAACUACAGGAAGAAACCUUCAGGCUGGAGGCAGCAAAAGAUGACUACCGGAUCCGUUGUGAAGAGCUUGAAAAGGAACUUUUGGAUGUAAAGUCACAAAAUGAAGAGCUUGCAUCACUGGCUGAUGAAGCCCAGUCUCUCAAGGAUGAGAUGGAUGUUCUCAGGCAUUCAUCAGAUAAAGUAUCAAAGCUGGAGGGCACAGUGGAACACUACAAGAAGAAACUGGAGGACAUGGGACUUCUCAGGAGACAGAAUAAGCUAAUGGAGGAGAAGCACACAGUAUUAAUGCAGACCAACGUCAGUUUGGAGGAAGAGCUUCGAAAGGCGAACGCUACCAAGGGCCAGCUGGAGACAUACAAGAGACAGGUGGUGGAACUUCAGAACAAACUGUCAGAAGAGUCUAAAAAGGCCGACAAGAUGGAGUUCGAGUACAAACGAGUCAAAGAGAAAGUGGACUCUCUACAAAAAGAAAAAGAUCGUAUGCGGACAGAGAGAGACUCUCUGAAGGAGACUAUCGAGGAGCUCCAUUGUGUCCAAGCCCAGGAGGGACAGCUUACAGCAGGUUUGUUACCAUUGGCCAGCAACGACGGUUCGGAUUCGCUGGCUGCUGAGAUCACCACCCCAGAGAUUAGAGAACAUUUGAUUCGCCUUCAGCACGAGAACAAGAUGCUGAAGCUGGCCCAGGAGGGAUCAGACAAUGAGAAGAUUGCACUGUUGCAGAGUUUACUGGAGGAUGCCAACAGAAGGAAAAAUGAACUGGAGACAGAAAACAGGCUAAUCAAUCAGCGCCUGAUGGAGGAACAGAGUCAGGUAGAGGAGCUACAAAAGAAUCUUCAAGAACAGGGUUCCAAAGCAGAUGAUUCUUCCAUUCUGAAGAAGAAGUAUGAAGAGCACAUGGAGAAAUUACGAGAGUUGAACAAUGAGUUACUGAAGAAAAACUCCUUCAUUGAUGAAAUGGAGCCUAAAUACAACGCCAGCUCCCAAAGAGUGGAUGAGCUAGAAGAGGCCUUGAAGAAGAAAGAUGAAGACAUGAAACAGAUGGAGGAGAGAUAUAAGAAAUACCUGGAAAAAGCCAAGAGCGUGAUCCGUACUUUGGACCCCAAGCAGAACCAGGGUUCAGGUCCAGAGGUCCAGGCCCUGAAGAACCAGCUGCAGGAGAAGGAGAGGAUGUUGCACUCAUUGGAGAAAGAGAUGGACAAGACAAAAUGCCAGAGAGAUUACGAGGAGAAACUGAUUGUAUCAGCUUGGUACAAUAUGGGUAUGUCUCUGCAGAAGAAGGCGGCUGAAGACAGACUUGCCAACUCCGGUUCUGGUCAGUCCUUCCUGGCCCGGCAGAGACAAGCCACCAGCACACGGCGCUCCUAUCCAGGCCACGUCCAGCCAGCUACCGCAAGGUAGAUGGCAGCAGGGCAGAAAAAUACUGCGGCAAACUACCUUACAAAUCCCCUGAACUUACAUAACAGUAGAUGUGCCUUUUUUGAGGCACACUAUUUCCAUUCAUUUCUAAUGGACGUUCUUGUUUCCCUUCAUUCUGCCUAUUGAUUUUCUUUUUUUCUUCUUGAUCAGAUCCAUGAGGUAGAGAUGCCAGCCAAGGCUGCCCAAAUCUUGCACCACUUUUUUUUUCUCCCCCCGACUAAGCAUAUGUUACCCUGACUUCCUGUGAUGCCAGGCUUCUACUGUUUUUCACACCCCAGUAUAUUUGAUAGGGUCUGACUAAUCACUCCAAACACCCUCUCUUCCUCCCUCUCAACCACUGACCUUCCUCAACCUGUACUUGGUGGCAAACAGUUGCCAGGCAGGUAAUCUGGACCCCAAGGCAGAGAAGAAGCGCAUCCUCUACUGAAUUUACUGUCAUUUAUGUUCAGAGGAACUGCUCUGCCUGUUCAUGCAGUAUUUAUGCACAUCUCUACCUGUGAUAGCAUUUGAGCUUCAUCUUGUUUGUUGACUGGAGUUGUCAGAUUUUCUGUUUUAACUCUUACAAUGUAGCUUUAAGCAGGUAAUAGCAUUUUCUUCAUUUACAUGUGUUAAUGUUUGAAUUGUAUUUUUCAGUCGCUCUUCUUCCAUGUCAUUAUGUUUUGAUCUGUGGAUUUAGAUCAAUACUGAGUAACAAAUACAUGGAGGCAUAGGAAGAUGUAUAGUCGUCAAGUGUAAAUGUUCCAUUUGCUUGCUAAAUGAUCUGAAUGAUCUCUAAUAGGACUACAUGGUUUAGAAAAAAACUGGUAACUUUUCAGCUGGUAACAGUGCAGCAAUAAUUGUGAAGGGUAAUUUCCUCAGAGGAAAAAAAAAAAAGCAGAGUAACUGCUUCAGCUGUUGAAGUGUUAUCAGGUGUUACGAUCCACAGCUAGAUAGAUUGCGGCAAAGAUCAAUGUGCUCCAUUAUUGUGUAGACCGGCUUUCAUGAUCUGACUUAAAGAGCCACCGUGGAACAAACCGGGCGUGGCACCAGUUCACAGCGUUUUAGCUUUUACCAGCAUUUACCAGGUUGUCUCAGACAACACCGUAUGUGCCAUAGGGUUAUAUUUAAAUGUAAGUACUACAGUACAGUUGGGCAAUAUUAUCCCUGCAACACUGCAGGCUUCCCUCCCAGCACCACACAAAAAAAUUCACUGAAGGAAAAUAUAGCCGUGCGAUGGUUGCUGAGUUUUAGACGGUGGGACUGUUUGGUUGAAAAGGGAUUUGGUUUGUAGAUUGCCCCUUAAUGCCAAUGAGGUAUUUAUUCAAUGUAGCUCACUGAAGCGGACUUACUUUCCAUAUCAUUUUAGAAUCAGUUGAUUGUUAUAGUGAAAAUGUUUCCCAAGGUAUGUUAAAAUGUGUUUUUAAAAAGCACAGUAUUUCCAGUGUCACUUUAAGGGGGAACCUUGAAUAAGUAUGCUUGUUGCAGCUGUUCCUAUCCUCUCUUUAACCCAUUUUCUUCUUCCAUUCUGUUUA